CUUUAGUUUGGUGCUGAGACUGGCAAUUAGGAAAAUUUCAGGCCAUUUACAAUUGUUUAAAGGGCAUAAUAUUAUAAAGUAUAAAAAAAAUCAAGAUUGCAAAAAUGAACAGAUCAGACUCCACCAUUGGUUCCUCGUCUGACGAAUACAAUUCCAUUUACCCAGAUGAACCGUUGAAGGCUGUUCCCUUUGUUCGCAUUCUUUGGAUUGAUAAUUCUGGGAUACAUAGAUGUCGUGUAAUUCCAAAAGAACGCCUCGGAUUUGUGAAAGAGCAUGGUAUAGGGUUAAGUCCUGCAUGUUUAGCAGCACUCAGUUCAGUAUCUAAUGCUCCUGCAGAGGAUUCUGGUCUCACCUAUACGGGCAUGAUCAGAAUUAUUCCUGAUUUAUCUACCAGAUGCAGAAUCCCUUGGGAAAAGAAGCAGGAAAUGUGCUUAGCUGACAUGGUAAUUAAACCUGGUAAACCAUGGGAAUAUUGUCCAAGAGAAGUGUUUCGGAAAGUCUCUAAAAUAUUAAAAGAUGAAUUUGACUUGGUUGUGAAUGCCGGCUUUGAAAUUGAAUUUUACCUUUUGAAGAGUGUGAUGAGGAACAGCAAAGAAGAUUGGGUGCCAAUUGAUAAGACCUCUUACUGCUCUACAUCAGCAUUUGAUGUUGCAUCCUCUAUAUUGGAAGAUAUCAACACACAUCUUCAAACAAUGAAUAUUUCAGUUGAACAGCUACAUGCGGAAACUGGGAAAGGUCAGUUUGAAAUCGUCCUGGGAUACACGGAGGCUGGUACAGCAAUUGCUAGCUUAAUUUAUGCACGUGAAGUCAUCAGAUCAGUUGCAAGGCAACACGGGCUGCUGGCAACUUUUGUUCCAAAGUAUGCAGAAGAUGAAGAUGGCUCUGGAUCACAUGUUCAUAUCAGUUUGUCUAGAAAUGGAGAAAAUGUUUUUAUUGCAUCUGGUGAAUCAAAAUAUGGGAUGUCCAAGAUUGGGGAAGCAUUCAUGGCUGGGGUGUUGAAUCAUCUUCCUGCCAUAUUAGCUUUUACUGCAACACAUCCCCUUAGUUAUGAGCGAAUGCUACCUAAGACACGAAAUGCAGCUUACCUCUGCUGGGGGAAAGAAAAUACAGAGGCACCAUUGAGAACUGCUAGCCCUCCGGGAAUUGCCGAUGAUCUUGUAAGCCAUUUUGAAAUUAAAGCAUUUGAUGCAUGUGCAAACCCAUACCUGGGUCUUGCUUCUAUAACUAUGGCUGGGAUUGACGGCUUGCGAAAAGAUUUAAGUCUUCCAGAACCAGUAGAAGGAGAUUCUGAUGUCUGUGGUGAGAAGCUUCGAAGUGUACCAGAUUCUAUUUCUGAAUCUUUAAUUGCUUUAGCGGAAGAUACAUUGUUUACAGAAGUGAUGAGUGAAAAUCUUUUGACCGCCAUAAAAGCGAUUCGAAAGAUGGAGGUCAAGAACUAUUGUGAGCCUGAGAGGGACUACAGUCAGCCUGAGAUGGAUGUCUAUAAGGACCCACUCCAGGACAUUAUCUUCAAAUUUUAGGUUCAUAUCCCGACCAAUCUAAAAUUUAUGUUCCUUGUGAUUUUAUAUGUUUAAGAAUUUUUAGUUUCUAUUGCAGAUAAUUUCCUACCUUAUUUUACGAUUAUAUCUUUUGAUAUCUUUUGGAUUAUUUGACAAUGUAAAAGUCGUGGAUACAUCAAUUUCGAUGUAUGGCCCGUUUUAGUAUCAAACAGUUAUCGUUUAACAUUCAAGAACCAGUAAAAUGCCUAGGAAUAUGUA